AUGUCUGAAAUUGAAUUAGGUAUAACUGCUGAUAUGCAUGUUCAUCUUCGUGAUGGCAACAUGUGUGAAUUAAUUACUCCUACUGUUAGAACAGGAGGUGUUGCCAUCUCUUAUGUUAUGCCAAAUUUGGUUCCUCCAAUUACAACGAAACAACAAGUUAUUGAUUAUCACAAUAAACUUUCUGAAUUAGCUCCUCAAACCACCUUUUUAAUGUCAUUUUAUCUUAGUAAAGAUUUAACUCCGGAAUUAAUUGAAGAAUGUGCCGAUUUAAUACAUGGUGUUAAAUGUUACCCAGCAGGAGUUACCACCAAUUCCAAAUAUGGUGUUGAUCCUAAUGAUUUUUCCGCAUUUUAUCCAUUAUUUGAAACCAUGCAAAAGCACGGAAUAGUUUUAAACAUUCAUGGUGAAAAACCCGGUACUAGUGAAGAAGAUGAAAUCAAUGUAAUUAAUGCUGAACCAAAAUUUUUACCAGCUUUAAAAAAAUUACAUGAUGAUUUCCCACGUUUGAAAAUCAUUUUAGAACAUUGUACUACUAGUGAUGCAGUUGAAACUAUUCGUGAAUUGAAUUCCAAUUAUAAACCAGGAGAUGAAUUAUUUGUUGGUGCUACAAUUACUGCUCAUCAUUUAUUUUUGAUCAUUGACAAUUGGGCAGGAAACCCAAUUAAUUUUUGCAAACCAGUUGCCAAGUUUCAAAAAGAUAGGAAAGCACUUGUUGAUGCUGCAACUAGUGGAGAACCAUGGUUUUUCUUUGGUUCUGAUAGUGCACCACAUCCUAUUCAUGCAAAACAAACCCAUGUUGGCGUAUGUGCUGGUGUUUUCACUCAAAGCCAUGCUAUUGGUUAUGUUGCCGAGAUUUUCGAUAAAGCCAACAAAUUGGAGAAUUUAAAGAAAUUUGUUAGUGAUAAUGGUAUUAACUUUUAUGGAUUAUCAAAUGAGAUUUUGAAUAAGCAUAAGAAUGAGUCAGUUUGGUUGGUUAAAAGAGAUAAUAAAGUCCCAGAAAUUAUUGGAAAUAGUAACGUUGAAGUUGUUCCUUUCAAGGCUGGAGAAACUUUGAAGUAUGCCAUUGAAUGGAGAUGA